AUGUCACUACAAAAAGGAAGAUCAUUCCAGCCGAAGCCUCAACACGGGUCGGGAGAUCCCUUCAAGGAUGGAUACCUCUCGGAUCUUCCGCCAGUUCCUCCUUCAGAAUGGGAAGCCGAGCCUCGCAGAAAGCAGCAGUUGGUCGAUCUAGAUCCGGACAAGAGAGGUCUAACAUUUGCUCGAACCCAUCCCGACGGCUGGAGCAAGGUCAUCCCCAAACAAUGGGCGGAGGAUCAGUUCAGCAAUAAUUCGUCAGACGCUGGCGCAGGUGACGACCGGAGUGUGUACAGUCAGAGCAAUGGCGAGGAAAUUGUCAGAUGUAAAAAACUGGAGGAAGCAUCUGCGCUCGAGCACGAAAAAGAACAUGCAGCCUCCCUGCAUCCACCCACUGACGCUGUCGAGCAGGCCGCUGUGGGUGCCCUUAAUGCCGAAGUUGGUAAACAUACACACUGGAGCGCAGGGUUGGAAGCUGACUUGGCUUCUUCCGAUCCUAUUCGAUACUGGAUGUCUUCGCUUCGACCCCUUCCCGACCCUCAUCUGUCGUUUCCGACUCAAUACAGUGACGAGGGCAAAAGCCACGACGACGAUUCGAGCCCACACAAGUCCAAAUGUCAGAAUAAACGACCUCAUCAAGUCUUCACUGGCCCAUUUACAUCGGACCAGGAACCCUCGGCGAGUCUCGAGCCUGCAAUAAGAGUGAACGCAUGCCCGUCCUUUCAUUCGGACUCAAUGCCACUAGUGCCACGACCCUUGAGGUUAACGCAGCGGCACCUGAGAGCUGCACCGCCAGCCACUGCCACCAAAGGAGAGAACGAGGCUCCACGGAGCCGCAGUAACUGUGACCUUCUUUGUGUUCUGAGCGACCAAUUUCCAGAGUCAAAAUCACUUCAGUCGUCUUGGUCCACUAUCUACUGCGAUGCUGAAGGAGAAGGCGAUGCAGCCGCAGCAAAAAAGGAAAGACAGGUCGAAUCCAGGCCAUUCACUGGGCCCUCUAGUAGAAGAUCUAAAGAAAAGGCUUUGCCGCCCUUGCCCUCCAUCUGCUGCGAUGACCACGACGCUUGUUCGAAUCAAGACUGCGGUUGUGCGGGAUCACUAUACCAAGAGGGCAGAGUCGGAAAAAGGGAACAGCGAGAAAAUGAAAAAGAAAAGGGCACGGACCGACUCCACACAGACAUUGACGAGAUUCUCGACUUGUACCUGCCCGUGAGUCCUGCAACAGGACGUCGAGACAAGAAUUGUUCAGGACCGAAAACCAAGCGUCUGGGCGCCGCGAGCGAGGAUAAGAGCAAGAACAGGAGCAUUAGCAAGGCCAAGUCGGCGCAAAGCACGUAUCCGCCUCAGCGACCUACGCGGCCGUCAUUCGCCAUAGAUCCAGAAAGAAGGGUGAAUAACCAAUCAAACGGCUGUGGGAUGUUGCUGCUGCAUAGGACGACGACGAUAAAAAACACAACAAUGACGACGGCAAAGACAAUGACGAGCCCUGGUACGCCGUUCAUAGUAGCAUAUCCUUGCGCCUAUGACCCGGAGAAAUACCCUGAGCUCCGGCACGGACGGGAGGAAGGGAGGAGGAGGGUCUGCUUAAGGCCAGUAGCAGCAGCGAUGGCUUGCGUCGACGAGGAUGGCCUGAUCUGGAUUUAA